AUGGAAACCAGCAUCUCUGAGCUGGUUGAGAGGUUAGGAAGUGACGAAGAUGCGGUGCGCAAAAUGGCAGUUUUUAAACUCCAAGGGAGCAUUGGGGAUCCCUCCUUUGCCGAUAAUUUCAUCGCAGAAGGUGGACUCACUAGGUUACGCUACUUGACUCUGCAUGCAAGUGGUAACACCUUGGCAUAUAGCCUCACAAGCUUCGCCAGAAUACUAGAAGUUGACAAAGGCUGGGAUCUAGUAGACCAAGACAUGGUUGAAAGAGUGGGUAAUCACUUAUCACAAGAUGGAAACUUUGGCUUUCGUGCAUUGAAGCCCGCAAUUGCCAUUUAUCCGCAAUUCCUGGAAAUGCUUGUCAAUAGACUUUCGUCUGCAGACCAUGCCCUCUGCGCAAAUGCACUUCAGUUGAUUAAUUCGCUCAUGCGCGACUCUAUCACGAAUGAGGCAGAUACGGAGUGGCCAAAGUUUAUUCAAAAGCUGCAAGAUCUGGGUGUGAUCAGAGCAGUCUAUUCCCUCAUGCAAGGUACUGCACUGCAGGAUCACGUGCACCCAUUAAUAGAAUUUCAGUCUCUUACCAAAGUUCUUCUGAGGAAAUGGAGAGAGAUACCCUUAGAUCUGGAGAGGCCAGAGCACAGGAGAGCCUUGAAAGGGAUCUAUGUGGCUAGCUCGCAUGAGCGGAGCCAAGAAAAGGGCAUCGAGAAUGGUGAUGAGAUGAAACAGUCUAAGAAACACAGUUCUGAGAAGUGGAGGCGUCUUGGUUUCGAGACGGAGAGUCCUUCGAUGCAGUUUGAGGAUACCGGGUUCUUGGGCAUGAUGGAUUUGGCAGACUAUGUCAGAAAUCAUCAAGAUGAGUUCCAAAAAAUGCUCCUGGAGCAGUCCACGAAGCCUCCUCAGCAGCGAUGUCCCAUUGCCCGUGCCUCACUGUCAGUCACUUCGAUCUUAUACCAGCAUUUUGAGGUGGACAAAUCGGAAAUGGAUGAUUCCAAGGGUUAUCUUCUACUAGAGUCUCGCUCUAACCUUGACAAGUUGUUCGAGCCUCUACUGUUGCAUUGGACCAGAUUGCAUGUAGCAGGAUUACAUGCUUUCUUUCGUCUAUGGAAGGCUACCGGAGCGGAAGUCGAAGAUUACGGAAAGAUCGUUGAGCUUGUCCGAAUCCUGAUCGAGUCUGUUGUUGGUGGAGCACCUCGGACAAAGGAUGUGCAAGAAGUGGAAGAAGAGUUGACCAACUUCGAGUAUGGUCGGCUCCGCGAAUUGCAAAUGGAGUUGUUGGGGCUCACGUAUGAAGAUGCCUGGGGCCAACACCUGCAGCAGAUGCGCGAAGAAUUGUAUCACGAAGCACUUCAAUUUGUUAAAGAACAGAGAAUCCGCUGUCUGUUGCACGGCGCAUGGUUCCUCAACGAGGGCUCUGAUAGCUCAGACGUGGGAACCGAGCAACGCUCAUGGAAAUAUGCUCAACUUUCGCACAACAGGAGGUUCUUACACUUUGGUGAUUUCAAUUCCAUUCUUGAGAGGUGUCCAGAGCUCGAUACUUUACCCCAGAAGAUCGACCUCUCAUCGGUAUCUUCAGUGGUCUCUAAUGUCUCUGCUUCAUCCAACGAUCAGUCAGCGGAGCCUGCAAAGGACAUGUCUCAUGCUGUAUCUUAUACUAAGAUUACCGUGCACGGCUACUCGCAGCCUGUACACGGGACUGGGGACAUCCAGAAAAGUAAUGGCCAUCGCCGAACCUCGAGCAGAUCAGUGCAAGGUGAAUCUGCGCUGUUGAGUUUCUGUCCACAAUCAACCAGUGUCGCAUCUGAAUGGCUUGAUGGUUUGCUUAUGCUUCUCAACCAGCAGCCUAUAACUGCAGAGACAAACAAGCUUAUAAGUUUGGUCAGCGAUUACGGGCUCAAGAUCCGUUUGUUGAAUGUUCGCUUUGAUGAUGUGGCCUUCGCGGGUGAAGCGCCCCAAGUUCCCACGCGAGAUGGCCUUGAUGACAAUUACUACUAUGACGUCUUUGGUGGCUCAUAA